AUGAAGACAAUUCUAUUUUCCGCAGCCCUCGUCCCCUUCUUAGCAGUCUCAAGUCUGGCAGCUGGCGACGAUGAUAUUACCUGUCGCACAGAUCUUGGAAAGACAUCAGUCGCCAAAGUCAAGACUGACACUGUCACCCAGACCGAUCCCAUCAAGCCAACCACGACAGUGACAGUGAUCCCUACUGAGACUAAGGAGGUUGGUCGCUGGUCAACUGUUACCAAAUUCUCCACAAAGACCUUUACAGUCACUGGCAAAGGUGACACAGAUACUGUUAGCACAACAAGUACCUUGUUCAAGAUUGCUACUGUCAAGGUCACUGUCACAAUCACUGAAACUUCGACAAAGACUGGCACAGUCAAGUCCACCCGCACUACUGCAGUGCCUACCACUGCAGGCUUCAGGUUCAUCUCAGACACUGUCAACAAGGAAUCUUUUGCACCUGUCGCUGGUCCCCGAAAGUUUGCCAGAAAUCCUCAUGCCCCUCCUUUGAUCAAGCCUGGCCUCAAAGCCUUCUCUUUCCCAAAAGAGGUGCACUGCACAAAGUUGCUUCCCAACACGAACACUAGAACUGUCAAAAAGACAGGCAGUCCCACUACCAAAACUGUCUCUACUAUGCGGACAACUAUCAAAACCGCAACUAUCAAGACUACCACCACUCUCAUUCCUGAUGACGCUUCUGUCACAAAGACUUUCACUAGCACUAUGAGCCUCACCACUUACUCUACCAUUUGGAAAACAUCCACCAAGUCUGCCACCGCUACUAAGACAAACAUUAUCAAUGGCCCAACCGAGUACGCCGCUUGUGCAGAGGGAAACAUGUUUGGCCCCAACUUCAAGAGCGGAGGUACUGGAUACUACGUCACCAACGUACUUAACAACGGUCCUGGUAUCCCAUCCGACUACAACAUUGUGUCAAAUGGUGCCGACUCUGCAGCAGAGUGCUGUACUUCUUGCAUGCAAUUCAACGGCUGCGAGACUUGGCUUUUCCGCGAGAGGAACCGCAACUGCUUCCUCCUUUACCACACCUUGAAACCUGGCGAAAGAUGCGCAUCACAAAAAAACCAUCCCAACUUUUUUAUGUCGAAGAAGGGCGACGAUACAGGGGCUGGUUUUGUCGCGGGCAACGGUGUAUGCGGGUUUACAUACAGUGGAAACAGUGAUGGGUCAUUGUUCAGCGUCGAUCUGUAA